CAAUCGCAGGAAAAACAUGUGUUUAUAAAAAUGUUUUUCUACGAUAAUCGAUGUUUUUAAUGUGACAGUGUGAAAGUGAAACAAGGGAUCGCAGUGUGUGGAUCGUGGGAGUUUUGAACGGUCACAAAACAAUGCCACGUUUCAGUAUAUUAAGUAGAAAAAAUUCAUUUAUAGAAAAGUCUUCAAAAUGUCAACAACCGCAACGAGGCAUGUCAAAUCAUCAAACUCAGCGAACAUACUUAUGUGCAAACAAUGGUGGAAAGUAUGUUGGAUGUAUGGCGACCAAGAGAAAUACUACCGACAACUCUAUGGAAGAAAGAAAAUCAAUACAAUAAACACAAUUAAUAAGGGACUUUUCGAAAACCCAGACGAACAAAGACCCGGCGCUCAAAUCACAGAAUUAACGGACGGCUUCUUCGAGGAGACGCCAGAAAGAAAAGAUUGGUUCGGAGUAGAGUCAGAACCAAUCUACGGCUUUGAAUACGACCAAAGAAGAAAACCAAUUAACUUGGAUGAUAUUAAUGAAAUAACUAAUAGUAUAAAUCUACCUCCAGAGAAUAGUCGAAGCAGAGACUUAAAUAGUGACAAUGAUUUGAUAGGAAAAUCUUCUAGAACAGUCUGUAAAACGAAAAAGGGUCUUGUGACAGAGGAAACUGAAAUAUCAACCGAUGGUAAGACGUUAGCAAAUCUAAGAUUUCAUAGAUCAACAGUAAAGAGAGCUCCAAAUAAGGUGAAGGAAGUGCUUGAACCACUCAAGGAAGAUGCAGUGUUGGAUCAAUGCGUUAGAAAAAAGUGUGUGGGCGACACUUUGACCACAACAACUACCACGCUAGUGACCGUGACGCAGCAGAAGGUGACCAGUUGCAAUGAACCAGUCUGCCGCAACUGCAUCGUUUCACCAACUGGGUCAUCACCACCGCCGCUGCAGGAGCAGUCACCACCUCCGCCGGCGCCAUCAUCACCACCCCACCGACUUCCUUCGCCACAACCACUUUUAUCUCCUCAAUCACACAUUUCCCCUCAGUCACACCUGCAAUCCCAGUCGCAUAUAUCUCCACAUCUCUCACCGCUGCCCAGCCAUAGUGGAUCUUCUAUUCCUAGCACAUCGAAUUCACCACACCCCUACUCGUACCCAAAUAGACGGAGCCAGUAUCAAGAUUACCCAGGUCAAAGUUACCAGUCACCACAAAGUCCUCAGUCAGCAAUGUCGCUGUCACCACACCCACCGCCAGUACAAGGAAAGUUCCGGGGGCUGUUGGAGCACGCAGAACGGCUCAUGAAACCCGGAGACCCGCACAGGCAUUCUCAGAGUGAUGAUGACUCUGGAUGUGCAUUGGAAGAGUACACCUGGGUUCCUCCUGGACUGAGACCUGAGCAGGUGCAUCUGUACUUCUCAGCGAUUCCAGAAGACAAAGUGCCGUACGUGAACAGCGUGGGGGAGAGGUACCGGCUGAAGCAAUUGUUGCAGCAGCUACCACCACAGGAUAACGAGGUCCGAUAUUGCCACUCCUUAUCAGACGAGGAGCGCAAAGAACUGCGGCUAUUCAGCGCUCAGAGGAAGCGAGAGGCACUGGGCAGAGGUCAGGCGAGACAGCUGCACGCACCGGCUACUUGUGAGCGGUGUGAGGAGGCACUAUCAUCGGGCGACAUGUGUGUCUCCGCGGCUCGGGCUGGACCAUCAGCGAGAUGGCAUCCCGCCUGCUUCAACUGCACCACUUGCCAGGAGCUGCUGGUUGACCUGGUCUACUUCUGGAAAGACGGGCGACUUUACUGUGGCCGACAUCAUGCCGAAAAUUUGAAGCCGCGUUGCUCCGCUUGCGAUGAGAUAAUACUAGCGGAUGAGUGCACGGAGGCAGAAGGUCGCGCGUGGCACAUGAAGCAUUUCGCGUGCGCGGAGUGCGCGCGGCAACUCGGCGGACAACGGUACAUUAUGCGGGAGGCGCGGCCGUACUGCCUGCCCUGCUUUGACAGCUGCUUUGCCGAGUACUGUGACGCUUGUGGUGAGCCUAUUGGUGUAGACCAGGGCCAGAUGUCGCAUGAGGGGCAGCACUGGCACGCCACGGAACGAUGUUUCGCCUGCCAUACCUGCCGCGCAAGCCUACUUGGUCGGCCUUUCCUUCCACGGAAAGGUGCAAUCUUCUGCUCUAUUGCAUGUUCCAAAGGCGAGCCACCGACACCAUCUGACUCAUCAGGACCGGGACCUCGCCCUAAUAGAGGUCCGAGACCAAGAAAAGUACCUUCACCGAAGUCACCACCGCGAACACCUCAGAGAGAGCCCUCCCCUCAUAUAGAUGCAGAUUCAGAACCAAGUGCAUCAUUAGCAACGUCAGAAAUGAUGCCCGAAUCGCCGCCUCCGCACCCACCACCACCGCCACAUGCUUGCCUCAGUCUUGAUAGAGCCCUUGCCGACCUAAGAUUAGAGCAAACCAUGACAGAUCACCAAAUACAAACAACGCCCAUCGAAGAAACAGAAGAAGACUGGAAGCCCCCUCACCCAGUUGAAGCCCAGGCCGUGGUCACCCCAGGACAUUCCACCUCAAUGCCAGAGCUGACUCUAGUAGAUGGAAAGAAACGUAAGCCGAGAGGUGGACGGACGGUUCGAUUUUGUGGAGACAACGAGGCAUUUGAACCAGAUGACCCUCCUAGAAGAGAGAAGGUGCGAGAUGACGAUGCAAGCAGUUAUUGCAGCACGUGUUCCUCUUCAUCAUCAUCAUCAGAAUCAUAUACGUUGCCAACGAGACGCGCGUACGGCGGCGUCAGGAUCUCCUACGUGCCCAAUGACGCAGUCGCCUGCGCGAAACGAGAACGGCAGAGAAAGAACCCACAUCACGAUAAAAAUUGUAUAAUUUCGUGAUCUCAGCCUUAAUUCCUUUAGUGACGACAACCUCCGAACGAAAGACUGACUAUUAGAUUUUGUAGCCCUAACGCCAUAGUAUUUUAGAUAAAAGUCUUCCUCAUAAUAUAUCGCUUUGUCGUUUUGUAGCGCGCAGUAAUGGUUCCGUUGCACAGUAAAAGGCUUAACCAAUGAAUAGGCAUUGGUAAUCCCCCAAAUCACACCUUUCUGCUUAAAAGGGUCUAUCGUCGACAUUAAAUAUUUCCUAUCGCCUCCGGUGGUCGGUUAAAUUAUCGCGCUUUUACAUAUCCAUGCUUUCUCAUAUCGUUUAAAACAUUAGGCAUAUCUGUCUACGUAUUUAAGAGUGUAAAUUCGAUUAAGAAGUACAAACAUGUAUUUUGUAACGUUUUUUAUAAGUGUGUUCAAAUUUGUAUAUAGAAUUAUGAUGAUUGAAUGUAACUUAUUAACAAAUAUGUCAAUGG